CACUUUUUAAGAUUUGUGCAUUUUUUAUAAGAAAAUGGCUCGAAUGAAUCGCCCAGCACCUGUGGAAAUUACCUACAAAAACAUGAGAUUCCUGAUCACACACAACCCUACCAAUGCAACCUUAAAUAAGUUCAUAGAGGAAUUGAAGAAAUACAGUGUUACCACAGUUGUUAGAGUAUGUGAAGCAACUUAUGAUACAUCUCCAGUUGAAAAAGAAGGCAUUCAGUUUUUGGACUGGCCCUUUGAUGAUGGUGCUCCACCUUCCAACCAGAUUGUCGAUGAUUGGCUUAGCCUUUUGAGAGUUAAGUUCCGAGAAGAGCCUGGUUGUUGUGUUGCUGUCCAUUGUGUGGCAGGACUUGGACGAGCUCCAGUUCUGGUGGCCUUGGCGCUAAUUGAAUGUGGAAUGAAGUAUGAAGAUGCAGUUCAGUUCAUUCGACAGAAACGACGUGGGGCCUUUAAUAGUAAGCAGCUCCUGUACUUGGAGAAAUACCGUCCCAAAAUGCGUCUGCGCUUCAAGGAUUCCAAUGGUCAUCGGAAUAACUGCUGCAUCCAAUAAUACCAGAGGAUUGAUCACUUAAUUCAUUUGAAGGCAUUGAAGAUGGCCAGCUUGGCCAAUUCAGCAGAAGAACGUGAAGUUUUUAGAUGUGCUUUGUAAUGUCUACUGGUGCUUCCUUAGGAGUUGAGCGACGAAGGUGAUGUUUUGUUUUAAACCCUGAGAUUCUUGCCUUCAAAUCCACUUGUGAGCUUAAAGAGUUGCUGCUGUAUGUUUCUGAACUAGAAUAAGAGGGUCCCUCCACAAUUGGUUUCAAAGUAUAGACUCUUGUCCACAUUAAUUAUUUUAACAGCUGUGAAAUACAGCAUGUGUACCUGUGCUGUUUACAGAUGCGAAGAAGAAUGGCUAAAUUGAGCAACAAAUUGCUUCCACAAUUUAUUUACGAUGUUCCAUAUGUCUGUAAAAAGCUGGAACCACUUGAGCAGUUCCUCCCUUCCCACUUCCACCCUGCUUCCUGUCUUGAGACACUGUGCAUUGCUAAACAGUUUGUCGGCUUUUUGAUAACUCAUUGAAAGUAUGCCUGAAUUGGUCAAUGCUACAUGAAUCGUGUACAGAGAUUCUUCAAUUGAGUGUCCUGCACGCUAGCGCCAAAAGGUUUAACUCUGGCUGAUCAUGAUACGUUUCAACACUGUUUACAUGCCCUCUCACAGUCGCACUAGAUCUAGUUGCUGCACAACAGAUGUCUAGGUUACUUCAAAAGAAAUUGAUAACUUAAGAGUCAACAGUACGUUUGAAUGCCCUCUUAUCUAUAUUGUAUUUUCAAAAAGGCCUAAUGCAUUUUAGUUGAAUCAUAAAAUAAACCAUUUAUUCAAGUCUGUCCCUUUGUCACACUAGUGUCCCAAAUGUUUUGGUUCACUCGAAUGCAUUUUGCAAAGCUCAGCAUAUAGAAGCACACGAGUUUUAAGUUUUCAAAAUGAAGCCUUACUGGCACUCCACAAUUGAUCCAAAGGGAGUGCCUGAGACAAUGAUUUGGUGGGGGGAUGGGGGUGCUAUCUAAUAUUGGUAUGUUGCCUUUUGUGUUGUGCAGAAAAUGUACACUGGGGUGUGCCCGUUACAUACAGGUAAUUGUUUUUUUAAAGGUAGAAAUGCUUUGUUGUAGCUAAAUUCAUACUGUACAGUAACUUUCUGAAACUUGUAAUCUUUCUUGAUGUAAUAUUGGAAAUUUACCAACUUGUCAGAAGCAUAAUUUUUGAGUUUCUGCUUAAACUAUGCAGGCUAUGAUGUCUGUAAUAUUUUGUAUGCCUUUUGAUUGCAUAAGUUAAUACUUGGAUACUUGAUCAUUUAAUUAUGUAAUUUGAAGCAAUGUUGUAUUAAUGUUAGAUAAACCAUAUUUAUACUGUCUUGGGAGCGUGUGGUAUAGUUCUGUGGGAGAAAUAAUUUGUCAGCAUUCACCAGCUUGUUUAAAAUCUAGUGCGAGAGCUUUGUCAUCUGAAAUAAAGUGGGGGAAAAAGCAAA